AUGCGUUUCAACCCCAGUUUCAUAACUCGUCAGCCAUCCUCCACAAUCUCCACGUUGGAAGCUUGCAUUCAGUUUAGAGCUUUGAUUUCGAGCCUCAAAGUUGCUUGGCGUAAGGAUCUUAAGCUAGACCAAGCAAUCCAGAACGAUAAGCGAUGGCGACUCUGCGCGCGGGUUGUCAAAGAGGUGUUGAACGAGCCGGGUCAAGUUAUUGCACUCCGUUACUUGGAGAAACGCCGGGAAAGGCUCCGAUUGCCCAUCAAGGUUCAAACUUUCUUAUCUUGGAAUCCGGGUUUGUUCGAGACUUACAUGGAUCGGAUCAGGCCCAAGUCGGACCUUGUUCCGUUUAUCCGGCCCAGCAACAGGCUGAAGGAGUUUCUGGAGGAGGAGAAAAGAAUCUAUUCGGAAAAUGAGCCGCUGGUGGUUUCUAAGUUGUGCAAGUUGUUGAUGAUGUCCAAGCAUAGGGUUCUGAGUGCUGAUAAGUUAGUGGAAGUGAAGAGGGAAUUCGGGUUCCCGAAUGAUUUCCUGGUGAAUUUAAUUCCUAAAUAUCCGGAUUAUUUUAAAUUAGUUGGGGCUCCGGGAGAAGGCAAAACUUAUAUACAAUUGGUUUCGUGGAAUUCUGAUUAUGCAAAAUCGGUUAUUGAGCAAAGGGCAGAUGAGGAAUCAAGGUUGACAGGGAUAAGAAUUAGGCCUUAUUUUAAUUGGAAGCUUCCUCCUGGAUUCUGUAUAAAGAAGGAAAUGAGGGAAUGGGUUAGAGAUUGGUUAGAGAUGCCAUACAUAUCGCCUUAUGAGGAUGUCUCCCAUUUGCAACCAUCAUCAAGAGAGAUGGAAAAGAGGAAUGUUGGGGUUUUCCAUGAGCUUUUGUCUCUUUCUAUCUAUAGGAGGGUUCCAGUGCCUUCUUUGGGGAAAUUUUGUGAGGAUUAUAGGUUCUCUAAUGCGUUUUCCAGCGUGUUCACCCGGCAUUCUGGGCUUUUUUAUAUGUCACUAAAAGGUGGAAUUGAGACUGCAAUGCUCAGGGAAGCUUACAAGGGUGAUGAAUUGAUUGAUCGAGAUCCACUCCUCCAGAUUAAAGACAAGUUUGUUGAGUUGUUGAAUGAGGGGUACCGGGAGAGAGCCGAGGAAAUGAAGUUAAAGACGGCAGCAUAA